AUGGCCUUGCUUCUCCUCCUCAUUGGGGGCUUCUGGGCCCAGGAAGUGAGCCUAGGAAGUCUGCAGAACAAAACGAUGUUGGCAUCUGCUCCACAUAUCAAGACCUCAAAUACCUCUGAAGCCUUGAGUGUCAACUCAUCAACCUCCAUGGGGCCAGUGACAGUGGGCCCUAAGGAGACCAUCAGCUUCUUGAGGCAGACCCCAAUCCCAGCUUUUUCAACCUCCUUGGGAACUACUGAAUUGUCUUCUCUUGGGACUUCUGCUGGUGCCAGGGCACCUGUAUCUGAGUCUACAACCUCUCAGGAAGUUUCCAAGGAGACUCUUGGGACUUCUGCUGGUGCCAUCGUGACCACCCCUGUACCUGAGUCUACAACUUCUCAGGAAGUUUCCAACGAGACCUCAGUACUGGUUCCAGAACAACCAGAUGUAGUCAGUGUUCCUCCUGUCACUAUAGCUAAUUCUGUGAUUGACAGAACUGUGGUAUCUACCUCUCUAGAAACCUUUACAGGGAUUAGUGCACCCCCAGUCACUGUGACAACAAGCUCUGAUGAGACCAAUGGACCCUCUGUGGCUACAACAGUAAGCUCCAAGACCAGUGGUCCCCCUGUCACCAUGUCUCUGGGGCCCUCCAAUGAGACGCAUGGACUCCCUGCCACCAAAGCAACCAGUUCUGUGAAGAGUUCCAGUGUGACCCGUGGCACCACUACAACUUCAACUCCAGAGCCCAUAACCACUAGGUCGCCACUCCAGGAAUCAAGUAGCAUGUUGCUAGUGCCCGUGCUCAUUGCCUUGAUGGUGGUUUUGGUCAUCGUGGCUCUACUGCUGUUAUGGCGCCAUAGGCAGAAGAGCAGGACUGGGGCCCUGACCCUGAGCAGAGGUGGAAAACAAAAUGGGGCGGUGGAUGCCUGGGCUGGGCCAGCCCAGGUUCCUGAUGAAGAGGCCACAACUGCAUCAGGGUCAGGGGGCAACAAGAGCUCUGGGGUGCUGGAGACAGAGGGCUCUGGACAGCGGCCCACACUCACCACUUUCUUCAGCAGACGGAAGUCUCGCCAGGGCUCCUUAGUACUAGAAGAGCUGAAGCCUGGGUCCGGUCCCAACCUGAAGGGGGAGGAAGAGCCCCUUGUGGGCAGUGAGGAUGAAGCUGUGGAAACCCCAACUUCUGAUGGGCCACAAGCCAAAGAUGGGGCUGCACCUCAGUCUCUAUGA